UUUCUCUCCCGGAAAAUCCGAUCGAUGGAGGGCGCCACCACUUUCAGCGGCGGCGGCCACCAGCUGCAGCUACCGCCUGGUUUCCGAUUCCAUCCGACCGACGAGGAGCUCCUGGUUCACUAUCUGAAGAAGAAAGCCGCCGCGGUCCCUCUCCCGGUGCCGAUCAUCGCCGAGGUCGAUCUCUACAAAUUCGAUCCAUGGGAGCUUCCAAGUAAGGCGAGCUUCGGCGAGCAGGAAUGGUACUUCUUCAGCCCUAGAGAGAGAAAGUACCCCAACGGCGAGCGGCCGAACCGCGCGGCGACGUCGGGAUACUGGAAAGCCACCGGCACUGACAAGCCGAUCCUCACGAAUAACGGAACGCAGAAGAUCGGAGUGAAGAAAGGCUUAGUUUUCUACGGCGGAAAGCCGCCGAGAGGCGUGAAAAGCAAUUGGAUCAUGCAUGAAUACCGCCUCGUCGGCGAUCAAUCCUCCGCCAGCAAACCCGCCGGAAUCAAUCUCCCCAAAAAAUCAUCCUCGCGACUCGACGAUUGGGUUUUAUGCCGGAUUUUUAAGAAAAACAGCCCGGCUUCCGCGGCCGCGGAGGUGCUGCUGCAUCCACCGAUUCAAGUGGCGGAGAAGCCCCCUGAUUAUUCCAAUUUCUUCCAUGGAAAUCCGAUGAUGUUUCCGGCUAAGGAGUGGCACGACGGCAUGAACCCUAGCAGCAGCUCAAAUGAUCAUGGAAAUGCCUCUUACAUCUCGAUGCUGAAUCAGCAAUACCCCCAAACAAUAUUCCACCACAAUUCUCUGGUAAAUUCAGCAGGUGUUGUUGAUGAUGAUGAAGAUGUGCAGCAAUCGUUCCAACUCCCUUCUUCGCGGUUUCAGUGAACAAUGUGGUUAUUACCGGUAACGUUAGUUCAUUUAUGUAUAUGAGCAUUUUUGGGGUAUGUAAAAUAUUUUAUACUCUUUUAAUUAUUUUAUUGUGGGUGUAUUGGUUAAUUUAUCUUUUUGUUAUUUUUGAAAUUUAUUUGUAAGGGGUUAUUUAGUGAUAAUUGAACCUUUUUGUUUCUGAUCG